CCAAUUAGUGGUCUUCGGGUGUGAGAAUCGAUCGGUCGAUCUAUUGAUUUUCAGCGGUGAACAGUUUUCCCUCGUUGCUGGUUCUGUAACAACUGUGUCUUAGGCGCUCAACAACAUUACUCGAUACGGCAAAGAGCAUUUCUGUUCCAUUCGACCGAUCGCAUAGAGAAAAAGUUUACGCGAACGAAUUGAUAUGACGUAAUAAGAGUUGCCUCAGUCUUUGUUUCGCGCCGCUACCGUCAUCUGUUUACUGCUACCAAGAAGCACGUGCGUCGUGGUGUGUCGGUGGAUGAACUUGUACGUGUGCGGAUUGUCUGUGUUUACAGUUGAUUCCUGAAAAGUUCCAAAUUGAGCAACACAAAACACUGCUGUUCGAAGAAUCAAAUGCUAUCGUGGAGAUGCCAUCGACCCAUUUCUGUAGCAAGCUAAUAUAUUCUGUUUCUUGCUAGUUUUGUCUGUGUUGCAAAAUUGGAGCAAGUAACAUCAAGCCUCAGUUAUGGAGCGAAUAUUGCGAGGAGUAAUGCGUUACCGGAAUACUACCCGGGAGCAAAUGGUGAAGGAGUUUCAGAAAGUGCGAGAUAAUCCGCAGCCCAAGGCGGUAUUCUUCACUUGCAUGGACAGUCGGAUGAUUCCCACAAGGUAUACGGAUACCCACGUUGGAGAUAUGUUUGUGGUGCGAAACGCCGGAAAUCUUGUACCACACGCAGAACACUUCCAGGAUGAGUACUUUAGCUGUGAACCGGCUGCUCUGGAGCUGGGUUGCGUAGUCAAUAAUAUCAAACACAUAAUCGUGUGUGGUCACAGUGACUGCAAGGCUAUGAAUUUGUUAUAUCAACUGCGGGAUCCAGAAUUCGCCUCGACAGAAAACCGUCGUAUAUCGCCACUCCGGGCGUGGCUCUGCGAGCAUGCGAACACCAGUUUGGAUAAAUUCCAGAACUUGAAGCAGGUUGGGCUGGAUAAACCGCUGAUAUUCUCAUCGGAAACACCGCUGCGCAAGUUUGUGGCGUACAUCGAUCCAGAGAAUCAAUUCGCCAUCGAAGACAAGUUGUCGCAGGUGAACACGCUGCAGCAAAUCGAGAACAUCGCUUCGUAUGGGUUUCUGAAGCAGCGACUUGAAUCUCACGAUUUGCACAUUCACGCUUUGUGGUUCGACAUCUAUACGGGCGAUAUCUAUUUCUUCAGCCGAAACAUGAAACGGUUCAUUCCAAUCGACGAAACAACAAUCGACCGGAUACUGGACGAUGUUAGGCGGUACUAUUCGUGAUAUUUGUGAAGUGUUUUAUUGUGAAUUCCUUUAGAAAAGUAUUUUAGAAGCUUAUUGGCACACACUGACAGGAAUGAUAAUGUGAAUUGGAUGGAAUUCAAAAUAAGCGUGAUGAUAUGUGUAUAGAAGUUUUGUGGGGUUAUUUUAAAGUUUUGGAUGAACAUAUUGAACAUAAAUGAUAGCAUUAGAAUGUGUUGUUGUUGUAAUAAAAUGUUUGUUGAUAACGUA